GAAGGUGCAGCAAGUGAAGGGGGUAGAGGACCAAGUAUAUGGGACACUUUUACUCACAAAUAUCCAUAUAGGAUAAAGGAUCAAAGUAGUGGAGACCUUGUUGUUGAUUCUUAUCACCGUUACAAGGAAGAUGUAGGUAUAAUGAAGGACAUAGGAUUUGAUGCAUACAGAUUCUCUAUCUCAUGGUCUAGGAUUCUACCUGGUGGAAGGCUGAAGGGAGGUACAAACAGAGAGGGCAUCACAUAUUACAACAAUCUUAUCAAUGAACUGCUAUCAAAUGGGCUGCAACCCUUUGUAACUCUAUUUCAUUGGGAUCUCCCUCAAGCCCUUGAAGAUGAAUAUGGUGGAUUUCUAAGCCCCAAUAUUGUGAAGGAUUUUGCAGACUAUGCAGAGGUAUGCUUCAGAGAAUUUGGUGAUAGAGUGAAGCACUGGAUCACUUUAAAUGAGCCAGUCACCUUCACCACACAGGGUUAUGGAAAUGGAUUAUUUGCACCAGGAAGAUGCUCCAAGUGGUUGCCUUCCAACUGCAGUGAAGGUGAUUCUAGCACUGAGCCCUAUCUUGUUACUCACCACCAGAUUCUUGCUCAUGCAGCUGCUGUCAAAGUCUAUAGAGACAAGUACCAGAUUUCUCAAAAAGGACAAAUUGGGAUAACGUUGAACUCUCCAUGGAUAAUGCCACUUUCCCAGUCAAAAGAAGACAUCAAUGCUGCAUUCAGGGCCAUUGUUUUCUUGUAUGACUGGUUUAUGGAGGCACUAAAUUCUGGAUCAUACCCUGUUGAAAUGGUUAAUAACAUUGGUGAAAGAUUGCCAAAAUUUUCAAUGGAACAGUCGUUGAUGGCCAAAGGAUCCUUUGAUUUCUUAGGACUUAACUACUACACUGCAGCUUAUGCAGCCAAUGUCCCUUGCACAAGAGAAAACCAAACCAUGUUCACAGAUUCAUGUGUGUUUCUCACAUCAACAAGACAUGGAGUGCGGAUUGGUCCACAGGCUGCCUCAAACUGGUUAUACAUUUAUCCUAGAGGAAUUCAGGAUCUUUUACUCUACACAAAGGAAAAGUUUAACAAUCCAGUCAUAUACAUAACAGAGAAUGGAGUUGAUGAAGUGAAUGACAAUGCAAAAUCACUUGAGGACAAUAUGAGAAUAGACUACAUCAGUAACCAUCUUGCUUAUGUUCAGAGUGCCAUAGAAAAUGGUGUCAAUGUCAAAGGCUACUUUGCAUGGUCAUUGUUGGACAAUUUUGAAUGGGCAGAUGGUUUUUCUGUUAGAUUUGGAAUCAUUUAUGUUGAUUUUAAGGAUGGAUUGAGCAGAUAUCCUAAGAAAUCAGCUCAGUGGUUCAAAAAGUUUCUACAUUGAUUGAAUCAAUCUUGUAAUAAUGUAGUCUUACAAUUGUAUCAAGUUUGUGAUCCUCUCUGUUAUCUCAGAAUCACAAUCCAGUGAAGAAUUCUCCAAAGGUCACAUGAUCAUGCACACAAUCUUAAUUCUGAUGUUAACAAAAGUUUUUCUUAAAGAGAUAUUAUUUGUUGAA